AAGCACUCAACCAAGAAAAACAACAUUUAAUUGUCGUAGAUUUAGAUGGAACCAUUUUACCUGAUUUUACUAAUGUCGAUCAGAAAGCCGCUAAGGUUUUACGCAAAUUAAAAGAAAAAGGGCAUAAAGUAUGUAUUGCCACCGGUCGAAACUAUUUAUCCACCUUACCUAUUUAUAAGGAAGUCGGACUUGACAGUUUAUUAAUUACUUAUAAUGGAGCCUACAUUAAUCAUCCUCUAAAAAAAGAUAAUCCAGCCUUAGCAGUUAUUGCUAUCGCCAAUUCAAUUAUUGGAAAAAUAUUGACUGAAAAGACUAUUCGCGAUAACUUGCUUAAUGUGAUGGUUGACUCAAUUGACCGCCAAUCUAUUUCCACUAGUGAUGAUAUUUAUUACCAACAAGUUUUCUUCAAUGGCAAUCCUUACAAAAAAGUUGGCAAAAGCGGGACUGAAACUACUAAAAAUUCACCAGUAGAUAUUGCUAAUUUUUUGGAACGUUUACAAGGCCAAGACGUUUUACAAUUAGUCCUUGAAUUUCCUAAUAAAACUAGUUUAUUAAAAGCCGAACGGGAAGGAGAAAAUAUUUUAGUGCCUGACCAUACUAGGCAAAUAAUCAAAAUUCGUAAUUACAACGCUAAUAAAGGAGAAGCUACGAAAUUAGUGGCAGGAUAUUAUAAUAUUUCUUUAAACCAUACCAUUGCUUUUGGGAAUGACAUUAAUGAUAUUGAAAUGAUGAAUAAAGUAGGGAUUGGAGUAGCCGUUUCAAAUAGUGCUAACAACUUAAAAGCCUACGUUCAUGAUAUCACUGAGUUCGAUAGUCGUAGUGGUGGGGUAGCCAAAUAUUUAAUUGAUUAUUUUGGGUUGAAAUAG